UGCCGUAUGGCAAACCAUGUGAAUUGACGAUUUAAGAGAUCAAUUUAACACGAAGAAAAUGCUGUGAACAGUCUUCAAUUACAGUCGAUAAUGUGGUGGCUUUUUUUAUUAAGUUGCGUGGUAACAGGAAAUGCACUCAAACUAGCAGCUUAUAUAUCUGCUGGUGGCCUUCAUGGAGAGGUCCGAUUUGAGCAGAAAACGGAGAAUUCUAUAAGAAUUCGAUUCGCUUUACAAACGACACUUCAAUAUCCAGAUCAACAAUGGUUCUGGUCUGUCACUCAAUUUCCUGUUGACUACACUGUCAUAGAUGAUCGAUGCAGUCGACGUCAUCUCGGGGAAAACAUAAUUGAUCUGACGGAUCUAGUUGGUCCAUUGGAAAUGCCUGGGAAUGAAACUGGUUCUGUUGAAGUUCCAAAUGUAACUCUAACAGGUGAAAAAGGAUUAUGGGGUAAAGGUCUAUUACUAAAAGACUCAUAUUCGGCCAGAGUAAUUUGCGCUUCUAUCACGGUUUUUGAAAAAAAUACGGAGAAAUUCGCCGAAGCUCAAUUUUAUGGUCCAAUAGCUGGAACAAUUUGGUUCCGAUGGCUUGGUGGACAAGCUGGUGACAAUACUACCGAUACAAUCAUUUAUGCGGAUUUGCAUCAUGUCAAUAAUCCGAAGUUACAGGUAGACUACACAGAACAUUACUGGAAAAUUUAUGUGACUGAUAUUUUUAACGUUGGCAAAGAUAAAUCAAAUUGUAAUACACUUCAAACCGUUUUCGAUCCAGACAAUGCUGGUCCUGGCCGAUCUAUCGGUGACGUUGACGCACGUUUGGGUAAAAUAAAAGUUGCCGUAAAACAAAAUCCAAAAUACAAGACUUCUUAUAGGGAUCCGGAAUUAUCACUCUUACCGGCUGAUCUUCUUGGGCCACAUCGAUUAUUGUACUUGGUCAUCUUUCAUCCGACGCACGAUGACUCGUUCUUAGCAUGUGCCAAAAUCAAUCAUCGCAAGCCGAUUCUUGCUAAAACAUUAUUUAGUUCUCGUGGCAUAAAAGGUGAAAUCACAUUAAGCCAAGAAACUCCGUUUAAUCCAACAUGGAUCAAUAUAUCUUUGACACCAGUUAAUUUAGAAACGAGACUACGUUAUGCGACUAAAGUAGCAUAUUACAGGAUACACGAAUUACCACCUGAACCAGCCAAGUUUUUAGAAGAUGUCGGAGAACCGUGUUUGACAACUAAAAAUAUGUAUAAUCCAACUAAGAUCGACGAAAAAACUAUACCACCGGCAGGUUUGGGAACUCAAGAUCAAUAUAGCAUUGGUGAUUUAUCGGGAAAGCUUCAAGGUCGCAAAGAAGGAUCUUAUCAUACUGAUAUUUUACCUGGAAGUGCAAAAUUGCAUGGUAUCUAUUGGGACGCGUAUUUGCCAUUGUCAGGAGUUCAUAGUGUCGUUCACCGAUCUCUUGUGAUUCACAAAUUGAAUGAAACCGAUAAUAAAGGUAUAAUACCAUGGGUUUGUGGUACUUUUGCUCUUCACUUGCCACAAAAUGCAGGACAAAUGCCUAUGUUCACAGCACAAGUGGUGUUUAGGUAUCCAUUAGUUGGAAAAAUUAUAUUCCGUCAGCCAAAGAACGAUCCUGAAGCUGAUACAACUAUUAUUAUCGAAAACCUAGUUCAUGCCGAUGGUAGUGCGCUAAAUAAUUCAGCCGAGCAUAGAUGGAUGGUACACGAUAAUCCUCCUGGUAAAGAUUAUUAUAAUUGGACUGGCAGAUGUUUAAGUGCUGGUGGUCCUUAUAAUCCGCACAAAAUCGACUGGGAUCCUAAUCACCCGGAACAUUGUUCAACGGUUGAAAUUUCGUUAUGUCGAUUGGGUGAUCUCACGAGACAUGGCAAACUUGAAAUUGCUGGAAAAAAACUUUAUGGACCUCUCCUAACUCGAAAGCUUUUUACAGAUACAAUGUUGCCACUUUCUGGACGAAAUAACAUUUUAGGAAAAAGUUUAGUCAUUUACGAUGAUCAUGGACCAAUUGCAAGAGGAGAAAGACUCGCUUGUUCAAUCAUCGGUGGAUUAUAUCGAUUAAAGGCAGUUGCGAAAGAUUGGUUUGGUAAUGGUGAACCCAUUGAUAUACGAGGAAAAUUAGAGUUCAUUCAACAAAGCGAGUAUGACGUCACGGACAUUGAAAUCAAUCUUGAAGGACUUGGUGGAAAAAUGAGUGGAUAUCACAUACACAUGGCUCCAGUAGAAAUAGAUUUAGAAUUCCCUUGUGAAGCUACAUCUUUAUAUAAUUAUUGGAAUCCGUUGCGCGUGAAUUCAAGUAACGUUCCAGGAUCUAGAGAAGGUACAUCGGAUCAAUAUGAAAUGGGAGAUCUUAGUGGAAAAUUUGGUACUUUGGAUAACAGAAAAAAAUAUACAACGAGUUACAACGACACGUUGCUUCCAUUAUUCGGACCUAGAAGCAUUCUUGGUCACAGCAUAGUGAUUCAUAAAAAAGACAAAAAUAUAAGAUACGCCUGUUCUACGAUAGAAAGGGGAUAUGCACCAUCCGAAGCGAUAGAAUUACGAGCAAUUGCUUCGUUUCAUCAUCCACAAGGAUUUGCAUUUGGAUAUGUUAAAAUGUCACAGCUGAUAUAUAAAGAUGGUAGUCAAAGUGAGACAGUGGUCGAAGUCAAACUACGACAUCCAGGGAAUCAUGAUCGUAAUAUUACAAGAAAUCACAAUUGGGCUAUAUAUGUUAAUCCUGUUGGAGUGGAUGCUGCUGUAAAAGUAAAAGAUACUAGAUGCGUUGCAGGUGGAUAUCCAUGGAAUCCAUAUUUCACUCAAUUAGCGGAUCCUUUGAAUGAAGAUCUAUAUAGACAAGAGUGCGGUCCUGAUUUACCUUUAAGAUGUCAAGUAGGAGACAUUUCAUCUCGUUUGGGACCAAUUAAUAUAGGAACGGAAAGACGAGUUUUUACAGAUCCAAAUUUUCCAUUAGAUGGACCGGUUUCUGCGAUGGGAAAAUCGAUUGUUAUUAUGGAUAAAGAUUUGGGGAGUAGUAGAUUUGCUUGUGCUAAUAUCGAACCGGAUAAUGACAUAGUAAAAUAUGCCAAUAUAAGGAAACCACCUCGUUUCGUUGUAGCACAAUUCUUAGAAGAUGUAAGAAAAGUAAUGGGUAUUCCUGAAUGGAUGUUAUCCAUUGAUAGUAGGAAAACUAAAAUAUUACAUAAUGGAGCUUGUAUUCAAUUUUUGUUACAUUUUAAAGGUCCAAUAGCUAAUAAAUUAGAACAGGAUUUUAGUAAAUUAAUAUCGACGGGAAAAUUAGAAGCUCCAAGUUUAUACAUACCAGGUUAUAUACCAUUGAAAAGAAAAGCAACAUUAGGGCAUCGGCAAUGUGGAGUAAGAGAUCCUAAUGAUAAAAAUUUGAAUUUGUUUAAAAGCAGUUCCAUUUCCCGUGCAUCAACAUUACUUACGAUAUUCCUACUAGUCUUUAUAAAUAGACUAAUUUAA